AUGUUAUCAAGUUGUGAGUAUGACAUAAUUGUCUUCACGGAGACGUGGCUGCGGACUGAUAUCGGCAGCCAUGAAAUUUCGCCUGCCUAUGCUAUAUUCCGUUGCGACCGUAGUGAACUGACCAGCAAUCACUCACGAGGAGGUGGAGUGUAUCUUCCGCCCAAUUCGAGUACCGAGCUAUACUCAGCUCACCGUCACAUUGCGGCAUUGUUCUCGAUACCAGUUCUAAAACGUGAGUCAGCAUCAGCGCUUUCAGAACUGGUCGAUCAAUUUGACCGCCACGUUAACGUUCUGAAUCAUUUGGAAGAAGCAGAAGAACACUGGAACUCAGUACUUGUCGAGGGCCUCAGUCGUCGUUUAGAUUCAGUAACUCUAAAGGAAUGGGAGAAACAGUGUAAGGAAGACGAAAGGCCAACCUACGAACAGAACUCGCACGCUUUGGAAACGGAUCCUCCUACAACCAGUGGCAGUCAACCGAAACAGCACAAUUGCGACAUCUGCGGCGCAUCUUACAAGACACGUUCUGGUUUAUACACUCACAAAAAAAUUCACACGUCCACAUCCGUUGAGACAAAUCCAUUCAAAUGUGACCAGUGUAGUUCGCGAUUCGUUCGAAAGAGUAGUCUCAAUGUUCACAAAAAGAAACACUUACCGUUAAUGCAGCAGGAAAGCUCGCAUAGAAACAAACCCGACAAAUCACAGUUCAAAUGUGAAUUUUGCAGUAGAACUUUCGUGUCAAAUUACACACUGAAGAAUCACCGUAUAGUGAAGCAUACAACGGAAAAAAAUUUCAAAUGCGACAUUUGCGGUAGAGAGUUCCACAUGAUGAAGCAGCUGAUGAUGCACCUGCAAUGGCACAGCGCGGAGCGUUCGUAUAAAUGCGACAUCUGCGGCAAAGGGUAUAAAUUGAAACAACAUCUUGUGGCGCAUAUGAAAAUGCACAUCACGACGCAAUCCUUUGAAUGCGACAUAUGUGGUCAAAUUUGUAAGGCAUCCUACACACUACAGGUGCAUAAAAUUAUAAAACACACGUCAGAAAAAAAAUUCGCGUGUAACGUAUGCGGUAAAGAUUUCCAUACGAAAUCGUUGCUUACGAGGCACCUGAAGUGGCACAGUUCGGAACGCCCAUAUCGGUGUCCGGUUUGUGGUAAAGAUUUUCUAGUUCGAAAUGAGCUUGCGCGGCAUUUACCUAUUCACAGUGAUGAGCGACCAUACGAAUGUGACCUCUGCGAUGCUUCCUUCAAGGUACCUGGCAACUUGAAGAUUCACCGGAAAAUCCACAAACCCGCCGAUCGCAAACUGCACGACCUGAAACACGCUUGCGAUAUCUGUGACCGAAAAUUUGCCACCAACUAUGCUCUCACGUGUCACCUGAGAACUCACACCGGAGAGCGACUGUUCGAGUGUGACGUAUGUCACAAAACUUUCUUCACUUGCGUGCUGCAGUACUACAUCACCACCGGAACAUCCGACAGCGCAGAUUGGUUAUGCAUUGGCGAAUGCAGCUUCACCGUCAUCAGCAGCAAUAUAUGA